UGUUUCUGCUCUGGACAAGUGAGGAAAGCAGAGCGAAGAGGGAGGGGGGAGAAAGGGAGAGGAGAAAUCAAGCUUGAAGGAGAGAGGGAAGCCCAGAGGAAGACGGAAAGGAUACCCGCUUCUCCUUCCAGAUUCUCCAUGGCGCAAGGGAAGAGACUGGAACUGAAGAAAGUGUGAGGUGGGGGGAGACUAAUCCGUAACUUUUCGACGCCUAGAAGCGAUUUGGGAGACUGGGAGGAAGGAUUUGCCUUUCAAGCCGCGGUCACUUCAGCGCCUCAGGAGGUUCGAUGCGCUAUUCCGGGCUCUUUCUGGCUUCCUUCUUGAGGUAACUUUUGGGAAGUCUUGUGGCUGCCGCUGCUGGUAGAAGUACCCGGAGGAGAGCGGGGAGCCUUGGAAGAAGUACUGGAGGAAAGGAAGAGGGAGAAAGUUUCUGUUGAAAAUCCGGCGGAGAUUCCUGCUGCUUGUUUUUGUGUUUUGAGGGGGGGGAAAAAGGCGACGAGAAGAUGAUCUGGAAGAGCAGCUGCUGCUGCGGAGGUGUCCGAAGCGGAGGAGAUUUUCUGUGUCUGCUCCUUCUGUUGAUGGGUUUCUUAUUGCCCGCCUGCCGGACUCGCUUGUACACCAACCACUGGGCUGUGAGGAUAAGUGGCGGGCUCCAAGAAGCCAACCGGAUAGCUAGCAAGUACGGCUACAUCAAUAUAGGACAGAUUGGAGCAUUGAAGGAUUAUUACCAUUUUCACCAUAGUAAAACAAUUAAAAGGUCAGUUCUCUCAAGUAGAGGUAUUCACAACUUCAUUUCAAUGGAGCCAAAGGUGGAAUGGAUAGAACAGCAAAUUGUAAAAAUAAGAACAAAGAGAGAUUACAAACCUGGUAGCAUCCAGUCCAUGUAUUUUAAUGAUCCUAAAUGGCAAAGUAUGUGGUACAUGCAUUGCAGUGAUAACACACAUCUUUGUCAGUCAGAUAUGAAUAUUGUUGGUGCCUGGAGGAGAGGUUACACUGGAAAGAACAUUGUGAUCACCAUUUUGGAUGAUGGCAUUGAAAGAAACCACCCAGACUUGAUGCAGAAUUAUGACCCCGAUGCCAGUUUUGAUGUCAAUGGUAAUGAUAUUGACCCCAUGCCUCGGUAUGAUGCCACCAAUGAAAACAAGCAUGGAACCCGUUGUGCUGGAGAAGUGGCAGCUACAGCAAAUAACUCACACUGUAUAGUAGGAAUUGCAUUUAAUGCCAGAAUUGGAGGAGUACGGAUGUUAGAUGGUGAUGUUACAGACAUGGUAGAAGCAAAAUCACUGAGCCUCAAUCCCCAACAUAUACAUAUCUACAGCGCUAGCUGGGGCCCUGAUGAUGAUGGAAAAACAGUUGAUGGACCAGCUUCUUUAACACGCCAGGCCUUUGAGAAUGGGGUCAGAACGGGCAGAAACAAUUUGGGCUCCAUUUAUGUGUGGGCAUCUGGAAAUGGUGGAAGAAGUAAGGAUCAUUGCUCCUGUGAUGGCUACACCAAUAGCAUCUAUACCAUCUCCAUCAGUAGCACAGCUGAAAGUGGAAGAAAACCUUGGUAUCUAGAAGAAUGUGCAUCAACAUUAGCCACAACCUACAGCAGCGGAGAAUCCUAUGACAGGAAAAUAAUCACUACAGACCUCAGACAGCGUUGUACAGACAGUCAUACAGGGACAUCGGCUUCUGCACCUAUGGCUGCGGGAAUCAUUGCACUGGCACUGGAAGCGAAUCGUUUACUAACAUGGAGGGAUAUACAACAUAUUAUUGUAAGGACUUCACGGGCAGGACAUCUAAUUGCUAAUGACUGGAAAACCAAUGCAGCUGGUUACAAGGUUAGCCACUUAUAUGGAUUUGGUCUGAUGGAUGCUGAAGCCAUGGUGAUAGAAGCAGAAAAGUGGACAACAGUCCCUUCACAGCAUGUCUGUGUUGAGAACACAGAUCGACAAAUCAAAACAAUACGACCAGAUACUAUUCGUAAUGGACCAGAUAACGGCGUUCGUUCAAUAUACAAAGCCACGGGAUGUGCAGAUAAUGCCAAUCACCAUGUAAUAUAUCUAGAACAUGUGAUAGUACGAAUCACUAUUACACAUCCUCGGAGAGGUGAUCUGGCAAUUUAUUUGACUUCUCCUUCUGGUACAAGAUCUCAACUAUUGGCUAACAGGUUAUUUGACCAUUCUAUGGAAGGUUUUAAAAACUGGGAGUUCAUGACUACUCAUUGCUGGGGUGAAAAAGCAGCUGGCGACUGGAUUUUAGAAAUUUAUGAUACUCCCUCUCAACUAAGAAAUGUAAAGACUCCAGGUAAACUGAAAGAAUGGUCCUUAGUACUUUAUGGGACAUCCAUUCAGCCUUACUCCCCAAGAAGUGAUUUUCUGAAAGGCGAACGAGUACGCCUGAGUCCAAUUGAAGACCCUACAGAAGAUUAUGGGGUAGAUGACUAUUCAGGUCCAUGCAAUGCAGAGUGUAGUAAAGUUGGAUGUGGUGGACCAGGACCAGACCAUUGCAAUGACUGUCUACACUAUUACUAUAAAUCUAAAAACAACACACGAACCUGUGUUCCCAACUGUCCACCUGGUCACUAUACUGCAGACAAGAAACGCUGUAAAAAGUGCUCAUCCAACUGUGAAACAUGUUUUGGAAGUCAUAGUGAUCAGUGUAAUACCUGUAAACCUGGUUACUUUAUCAAUGAAGAGUCUAGGAGUUGUAUUACCACCUGCCCAGAUGGCUUUUACCUGGACAAUAAUAAGAUUGUCUGCCGUAAAUGCAGUGAAAAUUGUAAGUCAUGCACUGAAUUUCAUACCUGCACAGAAUGCAGACAUGGUCUAAGUUUACAAGGAACAAGAUGUAUUAUACGCUGUGAAGCAGGCAAAUAUUAUAAUGGCAGAGACUGUGAGCCAUGCCAUCAUUCCUGUGCCUCUUGUGCAGGCCCAGGAGCAGAUGCUUGCAUAAAUUGUACAGAAGAAUAUCUUAUGGAGAAUGGAAGAUGUGUGGUAGCUUGUAACAACGGCUACUAUUUUGAUCUCUCAUUAGAAAAUGGAUAUAAAACUUGCAAAAGAUGUGAUGCCAGCUGUUUUGGGUGCAGUGGCCCAGGAGAAAGAAAUUGUACAAGUUGUCCAAAUGGCUAUAUCUUAGACACAGGUCUCUGUGUAGUCGGUCUGGUCUGUAAAGAUGGAGAAUAUAUUGAUCUUCUCAGCCACUGCCAAUUCUGUGAUGUUUCCUGUUCUAAAUGCACAGGACCAACUUCAAAGGACUGCGUUGGUUGUGCAUAUGCAAAAGUUUUGGAUGAUGGCCACUGUGUUGUUCAGUGCCCUAGAGGGAAAUUUGAAUUUAAAAAGCAGUGCCAUUCAUGCCAUGAGUCCUGUACAGAAUGCAGUGGAAGUGGACCUAAUGAAUGCACUAUCUGUGCUAAAGAUAAGAAAGGCAGCCUGCGUUUCCUAUACUUGGGAGAAUGCAGGAAGAGCUGUCCCUUGGGCUUCUAUCCUUCUGAGGAGGACAAUACUUGUACACCCUGCUUUGAGCACUGUCAAGAGUGCCUGAAUCAAACCAGAUGUGAGAGAUGCUUAGAUGGAUACUAUCUCAUUAAUAACAGCUGCCAAGAGCACAAAUGCAAAAAAGGUGAAGUCAAAGGCCUUGACUCAGAAGAUUGCAUUCCUUGCCCUGAAGGAUGCCUGACCUGCAGCUCAGAUGACCCAGAAACCUGUACAUCAUGCAUCCAUAAUUAUUACAUGUACAGUCAGCAGUGUUACAGAACGUGUCCUCAGAAUACUGUCCCAGAUGACAAUGCUCACCUGUGCAUUGAGUGUCAACCCAAUUGUAAAAGCUGUGACAGAUUUGAAUGCUAUUGGUGUGAAGAAGGUUUCUUCCUUCUAGGUGGGAGAUGUGUGAGAGAUUGUGGAGCUGGCUUUUACAAAGAUGAAAUUAUGGAAGAAUGUGAACCAUGCCACAGGACCUGCAAGACAUGCAGAGGGGUCAGCUACAAUGACUGUACUAGCUGUCAAGGCAUUUUACAGCUACUGCAUGGAAAGUGUGUAAAUCCCCAACGCAAGGAAAUGCAUGGGAAAUUCUGGAAUGCAACAGCUACUGACUUUCAGCCAUGUCCUCCUCCAUGCAAAACCUGUGAAAAACCUGCCGAUAGAUGCACUUCGUGCCCCAUUGGGCAAUUUCUUUUUGCUGGGUCCUGUAGCCACGAUUGCCCUCCUCGAACUUUUCGCAAUACAAAGACAAAACAAUGCGAGAAUUGCACAGAGGACUGUGAGGAAUGCACAGCAAAUCAACACUGCCUGAAAUGUCUGUCCAGUCAAAGCACGAGGCACUAUUUGCACAGAGGCAAAUGCUUUCAGGAGUGCCCCAUUGGCUUUUUUGCUAAAGAUGGGAAGUGCCGGGAAUGCAGCCUGCCUUGCAAAACAUGUGGAAAAAAUGCCACCAUGUGCCUCUCCUGUGAAAGGCCCUUGCUCCUGGACGGCUUCAGAUGCAAACCUGAGUGCUCCGAGGGGCACUUUGCUACUGAUGGAGUCUGUAAAGCUUGUCCUAAGAUGUGCCAGGAAUGUGUUCAUCAAAGUGAGUGCAAAGUGUGUGUUCCUCCCUUCCAUCUGCACAAUGGGAUGUGUUUGCAGAACUGUCCCUCUGGGUUCUACCCUCUCUCCACCCACUGUUUCACCUGCCAUGAGCUCUGCAGAGAAUGUGAAGGGCCAGAGGCUGAUGACUGCAUUGCCUGUCCUGAUGCUUUCUAUGCAUUAUACGAAGGCAGCUGUUUUGAAAACUGCCCGGAUGGCACUUACUAUGAAGAUGAGGCUGCAGCCUGCAAAGACUGCAAUGAGACGUGCCGAACUUGUUCAUCUGCCACAAAGUGCCUUUCCUGCGAAGAAGGUCUGCUGAUGACCAGCUCUGGCCUCUGUGUAAUCCCUCAGUACUGCUUGCCCAAUCAGUACUACGACAGAGAGAGCAGGACAUGUAGGCAUUGCCACAAGGACUGCUUCCAUUGCAAAGGGCCAGGCAGUGCUCAGUGUCUCAGCUGCCCAACUAGCUGGCAUCUUCUCAAUACAACCUGUGUCAGUACCUGUCCUGAUGGAUAUUAUGAAGAUACUGAUUCCCAAUGCUACCCUUGUCACAGGACCUGUAAAACUUGCCAUGGGAAACACAGCACCCAGUGCCUUCUCUGCCCUCUAAACUGGUACAGGCAAGAAGACCGAUGUGUCCAGAACUGUAUAACUGGGUAUUAUGCCAGCAGCGUCGCUGGAACUUGUGAGAAAUGUCACAAAAGCUGCCAGAAAUGUUUAGGGCCUGCACCUACAGAAUGUUUAUCCUGUGCGGAAAAUUUCUUCCUGCUGCGCUCCUCCAGUGAAUGUCUCUUCUCCUGCCCUGAAUAUUACUAUGCAGAUCUUGAUACUCGUACUUGUGAACGGUGCCAUCCAACUUGCCAUACUUGCAAAGGGAAGGGAGAAACUGAAUGCACAACCUGCGUGACAAGUUAUCGUUUCUUAGCUGGAAUCUGCAGCUCACUAUGCUUACUAGGAGAAUACCAAAUCUCAGAGGUAAAACCAUCAAAAUGUGAGAAAUGCCAUGAUUCUUGUAUGCAGUGUAAGGGACCUGGUCCCUUCAACUGUACUGCAUGUCAUCUUAACAUGGAACUUUAUGUUGACGAGUAUCGAUGUGUGCCAUGCUGUAAGGAUGCUGGAUUGAUGCAGACUCAGGAAUGUUGUAACUGCACUAUAAUGUCAGAUGAGUGCAUAUUAAUAGCUCCUAACUUGCCAGAGAAAAUGAGAGGCAAAGCUGCGGCUUUGACAGCUGCCUUAUUCAUUAUGUUGAGUUUCAUCAUUGGAGCUAUUGUUUUCGUGUGGAGAAGACUGCGAGCCAGACCUAUGCCUGUUAACCAGCAUGGAUAUAAGAAGUUGGCAGAUAAUGCAAACUCACUCAGUUCUUUCAAAAGCAACCAGUACCAGAGCACCAGCUGCCCAGAAAAUCAAAUGAAUGAAUACAAGGACCGGGAUGAUGAUGAUGAUGAUGACGACGACGACAAUGGUAUCGUCUAUAUGAGCCGAGAUGGCACUGUCUAUCGUAAAUUUAAAUAUGGACUUCUGGAAGAUGAUGAUAUAGAUGAACUGGAAUAUGAUGAUGAAAGUUACUCCUUUAGAUAACCCACUAUUCAUACGAGUGUCAUUGCAUCUCUCAUGCCUUGCUGAAUAAGUUACAUGAAGAUGAUGAAUAUAGUACACGUUCAGAAUCUCACCUGAAUGAUACAAAUAACCACUUACUACCUAUCCGCA